AUGGAGAGCUACAGCUCUGUCCAUAGCCUUGCAUUUUCACUUCACUUUACAGCGAAUAUCAUGGCCACUAUACCAGAAAAGCAACCUCUCGUUAAGGGCGGGCAUGCCCGAAUGCCAGAUAGGCUCCCCUCUACGUUUGUUUCCUCAACGGUACCCUGUGUAUUUGACAAUACCAUCAUCCUUGCGGCAACCCACCCCACAGUCUCGACUGCAGCUCCAACAGACGAUGGGUGGUUCAUUUCGGACUUUUAUGCCUUUAACUAUCUGUUGAAGGGCUUGGGUAUGAAACAGACAUGGAUAACCGCAGCUGAUCCAAGAAAAUUGGUGGAGAAGUAUGGUGCAUACCUUCAUGGCAAUCCGUACGAGGAUCGAAAGGUCUGCCUUGAUAAAGGCAUGCUCGACGAACAGCAAAUCACUCCAGUUACCGUAGUUCGCUCGAGUGAGAUGAUAGAUCGGGUUCUUACAGAGGUAAAAUGGGCGUCAGAACUUGCGAAACGGCACGAGGCGCCACUUCUACUCCUCUUCUUUUGCCACGGGCUACCUAAUCAUCACCUAUUGUUGAAUGAUGGAAACAGCAAUAAGGGUCUCAGCAUAAUCAAUCUCAAGGGUGUGCUUGAGCCAGGCGUGCGUGUGACUCUUCUUAGCACCGCUUGUUAUUCCGGGGGAUGGGUCACCACCCCAGAGCUCAAUCACACCGCUAUAACAGCUGCUAGCGGGAAAGACGAUCCAGAUGCCGGAACUUCGAAUGCCUGGAGUGCAUCUCACAGCAUUGGACGAAGUUGCGGGUCUGUGUUUGUAAGCACCCUAUUGGAGGUUUUUUCUAGUGCGACAACUCCUCUUCUCGAAGAGCCUGGUCUGGAUACAAACCUAUCAGACCCAAAGCAAACUCUUCAACCAGAUAACCCCAAUACCUUGCAGACUUUGAGCUAUAACUCAUUUUGCGAUUCUGUUUGGAGGGUAUGCGAAGAUCGCGUCACACGGCUCUGGAGCUUCCAAAACUUCAACUUUUGUGCCCAGGAUGAUACUUGGGAAUAUUCAUGGACAGGGAGGACAGGUAUCCCAUUGUCCCACUUUAGAAACCGGUGGAAUAGACUCAAGUCCUACCCAUAUCAAGGGCCCAGUGAUAUCAGGGACCUCAGAAAUCCACACCCGAAAAACACCACAUUUUUGGUGCAAGAUCCGAACAAGACUGCAUCGGCAAACCAGGUUCUUGAUGAAAUGACUGACCAUAUCGCCCAUAGAAGACUCAAAGGAAUGGCCAGGACUUUCCACCAAACCUGUCCUGGUAGUUGGGAUCGUGGUAAGGACGUGGGCUUUGGAGGCACACUCCGUGCAUUCUACGAGCGUGACGAGUACCAGGAAAGAGCGCCAAUGUUUGAAGCGGCGAUACGCUUUAGGUGGGAGGCAGCCCUUCUCGCAGACUACAUUGUCGAGCUGUUUGACCUUCCUGUUCCUAGUAAGGAGAUCUGCAUCAUGUGGCACCAUUUUUUAUGGAUUAAAGAUAAACUGGAGACAAUGCCAAGGCCAGACUUAGAGGAACGUUGGCGAAAAUUGUACAACUCCCUUUCUGAUUAUUUUGAGACUCCUUGCUUGAGAGAUCAGGGCCCACCUUUCUACCGACCACUGCAUUAUGUGGUCGCGGCCUUGUUCGAAGCUGAUAAACCGGAGCAGGAGACAAGUGCUAUUAUUUCCGCCAUUGGGCAUUUUAUGAGCACAGUUCGGAUGUUUCACCAGCAACGUCUAUUUGAGGAUCGGGAAGUUCGUGGUAGAGGCCGCGAGUGGCUAAAAUCCAUCGGUCGACGGGCUAUCAAGUCUCUCUCGCCGCAUAAAAAGACACGCCACUCGACAUCCGUCUCUUGCUAA